AUGGUAUUUAAGAAACUUCGAGUCAAAUUGGGUAACCAAUUAAGCCAGGUGUUCCCCCCAGCACCUACCUUCACUGAAGACUCGCUGCCCGACCUCAAAGACAAGGUCUUCCUCGUGACCGGCGCCUCCACUGGCGUAGGCAAAGAACUGGCGCGCCUCCUCUACUCGCGCAAUGAUACCAUAUACGCCGCCGCGCGCUCAUUGGACAAAACAACAGCAGCGCUCGAGUGGAUCAAAGAGCAACACCCAUCCUCCAAAGGCAAACUAAGCCAUGUCCACCUCGACCUCAACGACCUCGAAGGCAUAAAACCCUCUGUUGAAAAGUUCCUCGCCCAGGAAUCCCGUCUAGACGUCCUCAUCAACAACGCAGGCGUCAUGAUGACCCCGCAAGGCUCAACAACAAAACAAGGUUACGAACAACAGCUCGGAACUAACUGCGUUGCCCCGUUUCUUUUCACUAAGCUGCUUACUCCGCUGCUGAUUGUGACGGCGAAGAAGGAACCUGCGGAGAGUGUAAGGGUGGUGUGGGUGUCGAGUUCGUUGGCAGAUGUAGCUGCGCCAAAGGGAGGGGUGGAUAUGCAGAAUUUGGACUAUAAGAAGAAUGCUGGGCCGACCACGAAGUAUUCGAUUAGUAAAGGGGGGAACAUUUUGCAAGCUCUCGAAUUUCAGAGAAGGUAUGGUGCAGAGGGGGUGGUCAGUGUUCCACUCAAUCCUGGAAAUCUCAGGACGGAACUUACCAGGCAUAUACCUGCGUGGCAGAAGAUGAUCAUUAAGUUCAUAUUGCAUCCGCCUGUGAACGGUGCGUAUACGGAACUUUUUGCGAGUUUGGCGCCCGAAGCUGCGAAGCUGAAGGAGAGCGAGUGGGUUGUGCCUUUUGGGCGCGUGAUGCCGUUGAGAAAGGACUACUGGGGUCAGGAGGGAAAGGAGACUGCAAAGGCGUUUUGGGAGUGGAACGAGCAGCAGGUUGAGCGUUAUACCUGAGAUUUGGAUGGACGAGGUGAAGGUAAUUAUACCGACAAUGUUUUGAGCGAUUUUUUCUGGUCAAAUAGUAGUAUGGAUUUCGACAUGAUAGAGAUUAGAUACUUAGAGCUGGAG